AUGUCUUUCACCCAUAAAAAACCCGAGGUUCUCUCCUCAGAGAACACCGCGCCCGGAGUACCCAAGCAAGAGAGCACAUCCCAGAGUCUUUCCCAGCGUGUUUCCCAGCCUGAGAACUCCGAGAACAAGGACUAUGCAGUGAGCUCAGGGGGUGCAGUGAGCUCAGGGGGUGCCGAGAACUCAGGGGGUGCCGAGAACCAAGAGCAUGCCGAGAAGACCAUGGACCAAGGCCGUCGCGGCACUGCUGCGAUCAUGGAGGACCACCACGUCAGCAGAGAAGCACUGAAGGGUCCUCAAGGUCAAGCGCCGCACACGGCAGAAGAAUUCGAGAAAGAAAGGAAGACUGGCAAAGCCGGUGGAUCGCGCUCUGGUGAUUCGACUGAAGCUAAGGGCAGUGGUCACAGUGGCAAGCAAAGUACCAUGGAGAAGAUAAAGGAGAGGCUUGCGCACCCGUUACAUGGCAAGAAAUCUGAGUAG